UGCAUCACAGUUCUCCGCGUCGUGAUCCUCUGUCGUCCGAUCGGUUCUUUGGGGUCGAAAGUGGGGGUCCGCAGGAGAUUUCGAACACGGUUUCAUCUGUGUCGCUCUCAGAAGACAAUUUCAGUCGGGAAGGAAUAUCGUUCGUUUUCGGACACAACAUUUACACAUUUUGUAAGAACCGCGUCGUAAUUGCUUCGCGAAACGAACCUGCCACUCCGUAGGAUUCUUAUAAAUAUUUUACUUACCCUUUCGGUGGCGUUCCGUGUAUUGGUCCAGCCAUUAUCCUCAAUCGCUUUCGUUUCGACAUAAAAAUCUUUUUUAUCUUACGGUUAAAGGUCAUCGACAUAUCUUGAUCGAGUGUCAGAAUCAGAUCGACGCACGAUCGGCUUUAACCGCGCGAUACCGAAACAUGGAGAACACGUGACCGUAGAAAAGUAAAACAGAAGUAGAGUGAGCAGAACGAGAAGCGCCGAGGAGCGUGUUGAAGGAAAAAAGCGAUGCCAAGGGCCGCGAGAACAGCGGACGUCGAUCGAAAACGUGCGAUCAGCGAUUGAGGUCAGAGCGAUCUCGAAGCUGUAGAGUGGCUAAGUAGUCAACGCGUCGUCGACCAACAUGAAAAAUAACACGAGCAACCACGAGAAGAACGGGCCGGAGAGCCUGAAGUUGUUGAGGGUACCGUCCACGCCGCCGACUACCCCAACGACGCCUACCACGCCGAGUUCGAGAGGUCUCGAAGACAUUUUCAGAGAUUUACCCAUCACCGACGAAACCUCCUGCGGGAUCUGGUGUAUACGGAGCCCGACCCUGCAGAGAUUCGCUAAUAAAAAGGCUUAUGUGUUUCUGUACGGUGUGCUUGGAUGUAUAUUCUCGGCGAGUUACGCGUAUUUCAACGGUACCAUUACUACCAUCGAGAAAAGAUUCAAGAUACCUUCGAAAACGACAGGUCUUAUCUCUGUGGGUAACGAUAUCUCGCAACUGUUUGUAUCCGUGGUCCUGUCUUAUUACGCAGGAAGGGGUCACAGGCCUCGAUGGAUCGCAUUCGGGAUUUAUACUGUAGUUCUCUUUUGCUGUUUAACGAUGCUGCCGCAUUUCUUAUAUGGUCCCGGAGAAGACGCUCUUCUGCUCACGAAAGAAUACGGAGCGAAACCGCAAGCUGAAAACUCGAGUCAUAUACCUGAUAAAUACCGGAAGUUUUUAUGUUUCGGGAAGGAGAGUCGAGAGAAUGAAUGCGACGAUGACGAUGGAAAUUUCGCGCCUCAAGUGUUGCUGUUUAUAGCACAGCUAGUAUCAGGAGUUGGUGGUUCACUUUAUUAUACUUUAGGAGUAUCCUACAUGGACGAUAAUAUACAAAAGUCAAAGACGCCAGCUCUAAUCAGCUUUUCCUACUUCUUGAGAAUGUUGGGGCCGGCCAUUGGUUAUGGUCUAGCUUCGUUUGCCCUCAAAUUCUACAUCAGCCCUACAUUGACGCCUACGAUUACAACACAGGAUCCAAGGUGGCUAGGUGCCUGGUGGCUGGGUUGGAUUAUCCUAGCGUUCCUUCUUUUCGUCUUCGCAAGCAUUAUCGCGCUUUUCCCCAAAACGCUGCCCAGAGCUGCAGCCCGUAAAGCAUUAGCGUUGGAACGAAACAAAUCGGCAAGCAAUAUAAAAGAAGACGAGGAACCAGAGUUACCCGCCUCUAUCUCGGACAUGUUGAGGACGUUCAAGCGGCUGCUAACGAACACUACCUUAAUGUGUAACAACCUAGCAACUGUCUUCUACUUUAUGGGAUACAUGCCUUACUGGAUUUUUAUGCCGAAAUAUAUUGAAACACAGUACAAACAAUCCGCUUCCGUUUCCUCGUUAAUUACUGGAACAGUCGGUUUGGUCUUCAGUGCUUUUGGAAUUCUUUUGUCCGGUUUAAUCAUCUCCAAGUAUAAACCCAAGGCCAGAUAUUUGGCCGCGUGGAACGUGAUGGUUGGCGCUAUAUCGGUCGUAGGGAUGAUCUCUUACGCGUUCCUUGGCUGUUCCGCCAACGACAAUCAAAUUACAGUUCAACCGGAUGGCGCCCUGAAGACUCUACUACCGUGUAACGAACAAUGUCAUUGCGAUUACGUUACUUACAAUCCUGUUUGCUCGGAACAUGGGAAAACCUUUAUUUCAGCUUGUCACGCUGGAUGUCGCAAUAUGAAGAUGCAGGCUAAUGGUAGUAAGAUGUACACGGAGUGUAGCUGUAUCAAACCAAAAUUCGCACGUUUGCCAUUUUUGUUUGCAAACAAUAAUUUUACGUAUACAACAGAGGAUCCGCUUGAGACUCCAGAACCUGAUGGGUCAGCUCCUUUAGGCACCGCGGUACCGGGAGCCUGUCCCGUGGAUUGUAUGCAUAAAUUUUACGUCUUUCUGGCUGUGGUUUGUCUGCUCAAGUUCAGUGGCGCGACUGGAAGGGCGUCGAACUUCUUAGUUUCCGUUAGGUGCGUCGAUGAGAAGGAUAAAACAGUGGCUAUGGGCUUUGGAUUAAUGAUUAUGAGCUUAUUUGCGUUCAUACCUUCUCCCAUCUUGUUUGGAUUUAUUUUAGAUAAAACGUGUCUUGUUUGGGGAAAAACAUGUUCGGGUACAGGAAAUUGUUGGCUCUAUAACGGGGAAACGUUGAGAUAUCUACUGAACUUUACAGCAGCCACGUUCGUAACGAUUGGUACGUUAUUUGACGUGGGUGUCUGGUAUUUCGUGAAAGACGUAAAAAUCUUCGACGAGGAGAUCGAGCUGAAAGACAUAGCCGAAGAAUCGGGAGAGACACUUUGAAACUGAGCUACCAACGAUCGAGCUAGAUCGCUUCGUUUCAAGGAAAGGUGGAGUUAAGGUUCAGGGGCGAAGUCAUUGGUGAAGAGAAAAAAAAGACGGGAGCGUUGGAAAAAAGGAGAGCCGACGAAUAAAGACUUUACAAGUACCUUAAGCAACUUUUUGGAUAUUUAAACGCUCGUAGUACCUCAGGUAGAACUUACUGUUGACUAGUUCACUCGUGAGGCAUAGUAUUUGAAGAAGAAAAUGAAUUUCAUUUUUUACUGUCCCCGUUUUAUUAUCAUAAUUAAUAAUAGUUUUCAUCGCUUAUGAGAAGCCUGAAACCCUCCUAUCAGAUACAAACAGCAUAAGAGGAUACGAGUGUAAAGAGGCUCACCAAUAACAGUACGAGACUUUCGAAUUAGUCAUAAACCUGCGUUCCGUGUACAAAAUAUAGUCUAAAGAUGAAACUUUCAAUCCAUUGGUGAAAGGAGGUUUUUUUUUUAAUUUUUAAUCGAAUAGCGUAGCGUAAUAUAUCGUGUUUCUUCAAAUCAACGAAGCGUUGCCAUGUUUUAGAAUAAUAUUAAGAUGAAAAUCUGUUCGAAUACGAUCAUUAUAUAUAUACAUAUAUUUUUUACUCGAAGCAAACUAAUUUACGUAACAUAAACUCGAACGCAAAAGCUGAGGCAUUAUUGAAAUUAUAUCGUAUUAAUAUCGAGGUCCGAUUGGUUGCAAAUAAUCUGUCAAUUGACUUUUUUAAAUCGUUAAAGAAGAAGGAAAUUAAUAAAAAGUACAUAGUAUGAAAAUAUUUAGGUAUAUUUAAUUUUUAUUUGCAGCACAACUCGGAAGAAUGUCACUUAAUAAAGAUACAGUGUUAUGUGGAA